AUGGCAGGUAUUCAAGUUAUCCGCCUAUAUUUUCUUCUUGCCAUUACUGUUGGCUUAAUUCCUCUGAUUCGGGGACAAUUUUGUGCGGCUGGUUUGUGUCAAUCACAAUGGGACUAUUGUGGAACAGGCGACGACUAUUGUGGUAAUGGUUGUAAAUCAGGACCUUGUUAUGGUAGUGGUGGUGGCGGCGGUGGCGGUGGUGAUGGUUCUAUUAUUACGGAACAAACUUUUGCCUGUGCAUUCAAUACACUUGAUGCUGGAACAAGAUUUAAUCGAUUUAGUGGUCUUAGAGAUUCAGGAUGGAAACCAUCGAAUAAAGACGAAGCAGCUGUUUUUCUUGCUCAUGUAUUUCAUGAAACCGAUGGUCUUAAAGUAAUCAAAGAAUAUUGUGCUCCAGGAUGUGGUCCACAUUACGCUGGAUCAUGGUGUAGCAUCCAAGGUGCACCAGGCAAAUCAUACUAUGGUCGUGGUUGGUUUCAACUCUCUUGGCCAUGCAAUUAUCAUGGAGCUGGACAAGCCUUAGGUUUAGAUCUUCUUAAUAAUCCAGAUUUAGUUGAACAACGACAAGAUGUAGCAGUUAAAACAGCAAUUUGGUUCUAUAAUGCAAAUAAUAUGGCUGCUCCAGCUAAACAAGGUGAUUUUGCAGCUACUACUCGAAUUAUUAAUGGAGCGUUAGAAUGUAAUGGAGGAUCAGGAUAUCAAAAUCAAAUGGCUCGAGUAGCAACAUACAGACGAAUUCGACAUUGCUUUGGUCUUGGAGAACCAGGUAGAAAUCCAGUCUGUUAA